CGAAUCAGCUGACGGCGCUCGAGUAGUCGAAUGGAGAAGUCGAGCGGACACCUCGCGUUCGACGCCCGCGCAAUCUACCGCGUUAUCAUCAUACGAAACAAACGUUAAUCAACCUUUAACUGGCUGUGACGACUUGUUUAUGUCGUCGCAUAAUAAUAAAGCACACGAAACCCGACUCACUUCGUAGAGCACGUUACUGAAAAAAUAAUAAAGUGACAUGAGAAAAUCGGAAUAAGAAACGUUUGGGAAUCGUUCGGAGGGUGAAUGGAAAAUAAAAAAUUAAUAGUGACAGUGUUACAGUUACCGAAAACUAAAUAUGAGUUCUCUAUAGAGUUUAUUGUUGUUGGAAAUUAAACUGUGAGUAUAAGUGAAAAGGAUUGAAAAUGAGGAGCGAUCUGAUGGCGCCAAGCGAGUUGGAGGGGACGGACUACCUCCUCUCGUCGACAAUGCGGCUGGAAGACAGCUUUCUGCAAAUUCUCGACAGUGACAUGCAGUUAGAGACGAGCAGUAGUGAGGCUAGCGCCGCCAGCUCGACGUCGCUGUCGCAGCACUGUGCGAUAUGCGGCGACCGCGCCACGGGGAAGCACUACGGCGCGUCCUCGUGCGAUGGAUGCAAAGGCUUCUUCAGACGUAGCGUGAGGAAGAACCACUUGUACACGUGUCGAUUCAGCAGAAAUUGCGUAGUCGAUAAAGACAAAAGAAAUCAGUGUAGAUAUUGCAGACUUAGAAAAUGUUUCAAGGCAGGCAUGAAGAAGGAAGCCGUACAGAACGAACGAGAUCGUAUAAACUGCAGGCGACCGUCGUACGAAGAGCCAAAUCAAGCUAAUGGGCUCUCCGUUGUGUCUCUGCUUAAUGCCGAACUUUUGAGCCGGAAGGUUAUAGAUGAAACACACAACACGACAGAUGCAGAGAUCAACAAUCGAAAGUUGGCCAAGAUAAACGACGUCUGCGACUCAAUAAAGCAACAGCUCCUCAUACUAGUCGAGUGGGCGAAGUACAUCCCCGCCUUCACAGAGCUACAUUUGGAUGACCAAGUGGCGCUGCUGCGCGCGCACGCGGGCGAGCACCUGCUGCUGGGCUGCGCGCGCCGCUCGCUGCACCUCAGCGACGUGCUGCUGCUGGGGAACAACUGCAUCAUCGCCAAGCACAACAUCGAUGGCCGAAUGGACAUAGACAUCAGCAUGAUCGGCAUCCGCGUGAUGGACGAGAUCGUGAAGCCGCUGCGCGAGAUCGACAUCGACGACACCGAGUUCGCCUGCCUCAAGGCCAUCGUGUUCUUCGAUCCGAACGCGAAGGGCCUCUCGCAGCCGCAGAAGAUCAAACAGCUGCGGUACCAGAUCCAGAUCAACCUGGAGGACUACAUCAGCGACCGGCAGUACGACGGGCGCGGCCGCUUCGGCGAGCUGCUGCUGUGCCUGCCGCCGCUGCAGAGCAUCACGUGGCAGAUGAUCGAGCAGAUCCAGUUCGCCAAGCUGUUCGGCGUGGCGCACGUGGACAGCCUGCUGCAGGAGAUGCUGCUCGGAGGUGGGCCUCGGGGGCGCGGUAGGGAACAGCCUGCUGCAGGAGAUGCUGCUCGGAGGUGGGCGGAGGGGGCGCGGUAG